AUGUUACUGCUACUCCGCCGAACCACCACCACCACCGCCGCCGCCGCCGUCGUCGUAUUCUCUCGAUUCUCCUCCUCCACCACCGCCGCUUCAAACCUCCCCAAACCCUUCUCCCAAAUCCCAUGGAAACACAGGUCUAAAGCCAUCCAGGAAUCCCAAAAAGCCCUCUCCGAAUACCUCCACACCACGCGCUCUCUCCCCUUCCCCUACGCCGACAACAUCGCCAGAAAUUCCCCCAAUUCUCUCUCCAGAAUCGUGUCGGAAAUCCCCUUCUCGCCGGCGACUUUCGAGAACUCCUUCCAGCGAUUCCUCAGGUACCACCCAGUUAACGAGCUCGAAUUUUUAUCAGAAAGCAUCGGUUUGAACUCCGAAGAAAAAAUUACCAUUUUACCCCCAAACACUUUUUUUCUCUCCGAUUGGAAGCAUUUCGAUGUUGUUUGUGCUCUGGCCGGGUUGGGUUUCCCAUGGAUUAAACUGGGCUCACUCUGUAAAGAGCUGCUCGAAAUCGACCAGUGGCAAUUGCGUAAUAAAAUUGCCGAAAUCAAGGGUUUCUACGGGUUCAACAGCGUCUGCGUGAUUAGUAUUUGCUUGGUUUUCCCUCGGGUUCUAUACGAUGAGAUGGAUGGUUUGCUAACCGAUUUGAAAACACUAUUCUUGGAUUACGAUUUAUUGAGUUGCGUGGAGGGCAAUGUGGAUUCAAUGCUCGAUGUUUGCGAAAAGAUCAAGACUUUUUACGACUUGGGUUGUGAAAUGGGGAAGAUCGGCGAAUUGAUGGGGCGAAGCAAAUCGAUUUUCGUCGAGUACUCGAAAGAGGGGUUAAUUAGCAAAAUCGACUACUUUUGUAAAUUGAACGUACAAAAGGAUCGAAUCGGGUUGUUCCUUCUUUCGAGACCGGAGUAUUUCGGGUUCGAUUUGGAAAGUCGGGUUAUUUCAGUUUCGGGUUUCUUGAAACACUUUGGAUUGAACGAAACCGAAGUUGAAUCUCUCGAGAAAAAGUACCCUCACGUUUUCGGAAGGAAUCGAAUAGCUAAUAUGCCUCAUAUUAUGAGGUCGGUUAAUUUAGGCGAAUGGUUUUUCGAGAGGCUGAAAAACGAGAACCCGUCGCUUUUGGAUCGUUACGCGAUUAGCUGUACGGAGGAUUUGGACAAGCACUACGCGGACAAUUUGACGAAAAUACGAGCUAAGAGAACGUACGCUCACGGUUUAAAGAAAUUGAAUUUCUUGCACAAUAUAGGGUUUGGGGAAAAUAGGUUUGCGAUAAAGGCGUUGUUUUUAUUAAAUAGUAGUAGCUGCCAACUUCAGAGGCGAUUCGAUUGUUUACUCCGAUGCGGGAUCGAGUACUCGAGUCUUUGUGCGAUGGUGAAGCUGUCUGCGAAGAUUCUGAACCAGCAAGAAUCGAUUCUUGAAAAGAAGAUAAGAUUCCUAUGCAGCGAUAUGGGCUCUUCUCUGCAGUACCUCGAUGUUUUCCCGGGGUAUUUGUGUUACGAUUUGGAGAAACGAAUCAGGCCGAGAUUCGAGCUGCACAGGUGGCUGAUGGAGAAGGGCUACUGCGAGAAGGAAUAUUCCAUUUCGACUAUAAUUGCGUCGAGCGAGAAGGCGUUUGUGGCUCGUAUUUCUCGGAUUCAUGAGGGCGCUGCGAAGAAGUGGGAGGAGGGUUUGAGUGAAAGAGAUGGUGAGUUGGGGUGUGGAGAGGGGGCGGCGGCCCCCUAG